AUGGCGGCUCUGCCACCCUUCUCGCCGCGGCGGCCCUUCUCGUCGCCGUGCUUCAUCCUCUGCUUCCUCCUCGGCUUCGUCGCCGGCCUCUUCCCCUUCGCGCACCGCCACCUCCACCUCGACCUCCACCACCUCCCGCUCCCGAUCCCGGACCCUCCUCCUGCUGCGCCGACCCAGGCCCUAGUCCGGCCGCCACCGACGACGACCCUGAUCGUCGUGACGCCGACCCGCGCGCGCCCGCUGCAGGCGUACUACCUGCACCGCCUCGCGCACACCCUCCGCCUCGUCCCGCAGCCGCUGCUCUGGCUCGUCGUCGACCGCGGCGCCGCCACGCGCGAGACCGCCGCGCUGCUCCGCGGCAGCGGCCUCAUGUACCGCCACCUCCCCUCCUCCCACCGCGACGCGCCCGAUGAUGCUCGCCGGAGGGCGCCCGAGCACCCGGCGGAGCGCGGCCUGCGGCGCCAGAGGAACGCGGCGCUCGACCACAUCGAGCACCACCGCAUCCACGGCCUCGUCUACUUCGCCGACGAGGACAACGUGUAUUCCCUUGACCUCUUCCAUCAGCUUCGCGGCAUAAGGAGUUUCGGCGCCUGGCCAGUCGCAAUGCUGGGCGUGGGGAAGAGCAAGACACUUCUGGAAGGGCCAGUUUGUGACAACAGCCAGGUGAUAGGGUGGCACACGAACGAGAGGGACAAGAGGCAACGAAGGUUUCACGUGAAUACUUCGGGCUUUGCUUUCAAUAGCAGUAUGCUCUGGGAUGCCGACAAGAGGGCUCAUCAGGCGUGGAAUUACAUCCGGCUGCUGGACACGGUCAGAGAUGGGUUUCAGCUUCAGCAAUCAAGCACAUGGAAACCGCCGAGCAUGACGUAUUUGGCAUGUGUCAAGCUGAAGAAAGUUCAGGGCCACUGGAGGUUUAGGUACAUGAACUACAUCUAA